AUGGACGAACUCGAUAUGGACAAGCGGCUGGCGCCAGCUUGGCAUCGAAUUGAAAGGGAGCUUGGACAAAGGCCAAACAUGUCUGGUAGCGCGCUCGACAUGAGGCAGCAGUACAAGCAAUUCUCCGAGGAGCUUGGUGCCCUCUAUCCCAAGCCUGCGUUGGAAACUGUUGAAGAUGUCGCCAUCACUAAGCACUUGGCUGUACGCACUUACACCCCGGAUGUAACCGCCAAGGACAAGCAUCACCUGCUCCCUGUUGGCAUCUACUUUCACGGCGGAGGCUGGUGCUGCGGUGACCUUGACAGCGAAGACAACUUUUGCCGCAUGCUAGCCAAGGCGUUUCCUUUGAUUGUGGUCUCUGUCUCGUAUAGGCUUGCGCCAGAGCACAAGGCGCCGGCUCAGGUGCGUGACGCCGUGGAUGCUUGGACCUGGGCUUUCGAAAACGCUGCUCGACUCGGCGGCGACCCAAGCAAGUACUUCACCAUCGGGCAAAGCGCGGGAGGCACCCUUGCGUUUGCCGUACCCAACGAGCUUAUAGCCCUCCAUCGCGGACACGAAGUCAAGGGGAUUAUAUCGCUGUCGCCGUUUGUCGUGCACCCUUCUAAUGUUCCCCCGGCUCACAGAGCAGCAUACAAGUCGUUUGAGACGAAUGCAAAUGCUCCAAUGAACACUGCCGCCGCGAUGAAUACUUUUUACGGCAAGCUUCCUCUUCAACAUAUUUUCAGGAGCUGGGUUGCUAACAAAACUCCUGCAUAG